AUGGGGAGUAAGGACGGAUAUUGGCAUACUUCAGUUGGUGUCCUGAUCAAAAAUCUCCAUACGAAUAUUGUGCAGAUAGCAAAGUUUUUAGAAGUCAACGACGAGGAAAGAUUUUUGAAAAAGGUUGAAGAAGCUGUCGGAUUUGAAAAUCUUAAGAAAGAACAUGCGACAAGACUUGGAGAGAGUGAUAGAUGGAAACACCUUGGAGAUAACGGGAGAAUGCCCAUAUAUAGAAAAGGAAUUGUUGGUGAUUGGAAAACCAAAUUCACUGUAGCACAGAAUGAAAAAUUUGAUGAAGUCUUCGAGGAAAAGAUGGAAGACAUAUCUGCCAGCCUUGACAUUGUCUACGAGUGA